CAAGAUCACGCUAGUGUCUUGGCGUCAAAGAUGGCGACUUACAUGGUGGUGUGGUAGCCCAAUGUCGCUUGACAAGCGCUUAACCGUUUCUUCGUCUUCUCUAAGGAUUCUGAUGAAAAUUAAGUUUUAAUUGUUGGUUUUUUGUAAAGGAAAAUUAAUAUUUGUUUCCAUCUCAAGAUGUCAUCAGACGAGGAAUGUGAUUAUAUGUCUGAAAAAUUUUUGACUGAUUGUGCGUCACAAGACAUCCGACCGGGCCUUUUAUUUAACCGAUCUCAGAAAAGAAGUCAUGAAAUGUUGAAAAAGCAAACACGAACAAAUGAGGAAAAUAAGAAGAGGUUUCGCCCUACCAAACAUGUUGAGGAAGAGCGCCGUCAAGAAGGUCUCUCACAAGCCUUAGAUUCAAGUAACAAAGGAUUUGCUCUGUUGCAAAAAAUGGGCUAUAAACCAGGUUCUGCAAUCGGCAAAACAGGAGGGGGACGAGUUGAUCCAAUUCGAAUUGAAGUAAAGGCUGAUCGCCAUGGACUUGGUAGAGAAGCUGCUUUAAGAGAAGUGGCCAUUCGUAAAGCACACUUGCGCAAGCAAGCUCUGCAACGUAGAGAACAGUUAACAAGUGUUGACAGCUAUCGUUCCAGACUGGCACGUCAGCAAGCUGAAAAAAUGAUGGAAGCUGAUUUGUUCAAAAGCCAGAAAGUGUGCCAACAACUAGAUAUAGAAAAGAAUGAGGAAGUUCCCACUGAACCAUGGUUUUGGCCAGCAGUUAAGAAGGAUGAAGAACAAGGAGAGGAAGAAGCAGAAGAUACCAGUGAGGACACUGCAGAUGAAAGUGAAACUGCUAUUGAAUUUGAGACUCAAGAAAAGCUGGAGAUACUAACACUCUACCUUCGAAAAGCUCAUCUGUACUGUAUUUGGUGUGGCACAAAAUAUGAUGAUGACGCAGACCUUUCACAAAAUUGCCCCGGACCUACUAGAGAUGAUCAUUGAAAUUCAUGCAAGGACUAAGGAAUAUCAUUUUUUCCUUCAUAUUAUACAUGAACAGUGAUUGUUACCAAAAUGUUAAAUUUCCUUUUUUCUGGAAAAUUGUCCUUUUUGAAUAUUAUGUGUUACCUGUUUUUCUUAUUCAUGCACACGCAUGUAACUUAUGUAAGAGUUUAAUUCAGUGAAAAUUGAUGAUGUUUUUGUACAUAUUGUGUAUAAAAUCAGGUUCUACAUUGUUUAUUUUUCAAGAGUGUUGAUUGGACAGAGGCUGAAAAUAAAUAAGUUUAUAUUAAGUUUUAAUCCUAAAGCUUGUAAGAUACAUUUUAUGUUUUGAAGAAAUUACUUAAUCGAGUAAGAUAAAAAUGUCUAUAAAGAGGGAAUCAUUUCAAGUAGAAUUGAUUUAUAGGCUCUCUGCAGUCAGUAUGGUAAGGUUUCAGAUCAUAGAUUUUAAUAACAUGCUUUAGGAAUACAAGGGAACACUUUUUAAAGAAAACAGCUUUGUAAAAAUGCUACUGACAUUUUCAGUAAUCACGAUACUGAAUACAAUGGGCAAUUUGCUUUUGUACUGAAUAGUCUUGAGAUAUUCAUGUUUUAAAUUUUAAUAAUUGAAUUGUGCAGGGAAUAGAUAUUUAAACAAUGACAGCAUUGCAAGGGAACAAGCCCAUUUUAAUCUUUAAAACAACCACUUUCUCUUUAGUCUUCAUGGUUUCCUAUAACAAAAUAUUUGACUCUUUAAUGUAAUGCUCUGUUUCACUGGAUGGUUUUGCUGGUUUAUGAGAAUAUUAUUUCAAAGAACAAAUUCUAAGGAAUAUAUCUUUAAUUAUUUUUAUUCACCCAACAUGUUGCAAACAAAUGUUUUUCAGGAAACUUUUUGUUUUGAUAUUUUAAGAUGUUUAUAGCUCAAAAUUCACAUUUAGGUGCCUUUCUUUACAUAAAAAUGUAAAGAGCAGUUCAUUAUUUCUAAAUUUAAAUAUGGUGAUAAAAGCUGUCAUAUCUAUUUGAGUUGUUUCUGUAGUUAAAAAGAAAUACUGUAAAUAUAAAAUUUUAUAAUACAUGCUUUUGUAUCUUUCACUUUUGGAAGUUCCUCUA